AUGGGUCUGGAGGUAUCCACUCAAUAUGCAGCCACAUUGGAUGGAUGCUACCUGAUCACUAAGGACAGUCGUACAUUCUUGAAUUCAGCCGGCAAUUAUGAUCCCAGCUUGUUGGAUCAUGACACCUGUGCCAGAGCCUGUGGCAAUCAGGACUAUGCAUUUGCUGCAUUACAAGUUGGUCAACACUGUCUCUGCACCGACUCCACCCCAGACUCGGCAGCCAAACAAAUUGGUGAAACACUGUGCAACACACCCUGCACAGGCGACAGCGCGCAAGACUGCGGCAGCGCUGAUUACAUACUCGUCUACAGCGUCAGUGCGACCAUCGCCUCGGUUCAGCUGGACGCCACCACGGUUUACACUGUCGGUAACAAAGCACCGGUCAAUGUGGCGCAAGUGGAAGGAACAGACUUGAAGUAUUCCUACGACUUUGGUGAUGGGAGUGCACUGUCCAGUGAUAACAAUCAUGUGUACACUACGCUUGGGGAUUAUAUUGUAUCGGUGACAGUACAAAAUGAUAAAUAUGUUGCAUUUGACUCCAUUCCGGUUCAAGUGGACGUUGCCGUAGCUGGUGUCACAGUCAUCUGUCCGUUUGCUGCAGGAGUGGCGUCUGACUUUGACUGCGUAGUGGAAGUCCUUCAUGGAAACAAUCCAAAGAUGACACCAAAGUUUGACGCCUCGCCAGAUUUAGUGGCAGGAAAUGAAACCAAUGUUGGAGUUCCGACUUACUUCUCCAUGGGAUAUGUUUCACAGGAUCCCACCUUAACAUCACCAGCAAGUAGCGAGAUCCAGACAUCUACGUCCCCUUUCGUCUGGGUCAUCCCCGGGGCUGAGACGCUGGAGACAUCUCAGCUAGUUUCUAUCGAAGCAUUCAUCAGCGAGGUUGGAGAUGGAACUCUAAAUUUUGUGAUUUACAACCCGGUAUGCGUAUCGCCAAGCAACACCUACUGCCCGACGGACAACGUGUGUCGAGUAAUAUGCGACUUUGACUGGACCAUGCGCUCACGCCGUACGCAGGAAACCUGCAGUGGGUUGGAAUACUACUGCUUGACGGGUACCAGCUGUAGUACCAGUGGUACAUGCCCCGCAGAGUCUGCACGCUAUGUGACGGAUACCACUGACAAUCCCAGGGCCGAGUACGAGGUUGUUCAGGUCAUACCAGUCACUGGUCUCACAUCUGGACACUACUUUCACGACCUCACAAACUCACCAAUCAAAAUGAGCAUCGGCUACGUCCUAGGCUUCGAAACGAAAACUGGCGGAGCUCAGAUAGCCCACGAGGCCAGCCUAUCCGGAAGCCCAGUAGAGUUCCAGCUCACCGGCUCCAGUGCCUCAGUUGGUAGUACAUUGACGAUGCCAAGCCCCGGGUUUCAUAUCCGUCACCAUGUCCGCGGGACGACGGUCGACCCCGCAAAGGUAUGGAUCCAGCACGCAUUCCCUGUGGCCGGAACCUACAAAGUGGAAGCGUUUGUUUACACUGAAACCGGGCCAGAAGUUGCUAACUCAGAUAAUAUUCUGGUUCAGGAGAUCGUGGAAGGUCUGCAAGUGGAGGUGGACAAUGCUGUACUUCGGCUAGAAGAAACUGUCACAGUAUCGGUUCGGAUCACUGGAGGCGUAGGGGUGAAUUAUACUUGGAACUGGGGAGACGAUAGCCCAGAAGAGGUCACUGUCCGACAAGCCGCAACAUACGAAGACGCCGACAUCAACACGCACGUCUACACCGACAGGGAUGGACCAAUCACGAUCACCGUUUUAGCCAUGAACUUUGCCAACAACGAGACGGCGACCGCAGAGGUCAAUGUUCAGUACCCCAUCCACAGAGACCACUUUGUCAUCUCAUCCAACUCACCGCAACCACACGAACCUGGAAGAGAUAAUUUCAUGAACUUCACGGUGACGAUCAAUCUGCCGGCCAAUGAGAACCUCGGCACAGGGGCUUUCUUUGCCGUCAGUACCAACUACUUUGAGAACAGUACCAUUCAUUUCAUCAGUGUUACCAACGAUAAUGCAAUUGAGUCAUUCCCUCAUAAAAUACGCUUCAGUGGCACUUACAUCGCUAGAGUCAACAUCAGCAAUAAGAUAUCAUCGGAAGUGUAUGAGUUUGAGGUGAUGAUGAUUGAGCCUAUAGCCGGGUUGUAUCUAGAGCCGAUGUACAAGCCUCCAUUACCACUAGACGGUGUGGAACAAGUUGGAUUCGGACCCGCCCGAAACACGUUUCCUCUGAACUCUGAUGUUGUAUUUGUUCCGAGGGUUGCAACUGGAACGAAUAUGGUGUUCACUUUGACCUACGAUGAUGGCUCCCCCAACGAAGCCUCCUCAGAACUGAAGAUACCCCACAGAUACAGUGCAACGGGAUCAUACAUCGUUCGAGUUAAUGCUACGAAUGCCUUAGGGGGCCUGAAGACUUCCAUCGCAAACAUCAUUCUGCAUGAAAACAUUGACGGCAUCGAGGCGACCAUGUUAGCCACCGCAAAGACUAAUUUCACUAAGCCGUUGAGCGUCAAAGUCGGUCAGUUGGGAACGGAUUCUUGUCUGAUGGUAAACUACGGCGAUGGUGCCGUUGAUCUAUUCGGCAACCUCGCCAUGUGUCAGACACGCUACGCAACAACAGCAGUGUCGCUACCCCCGAUUGGAGCAGACAUGAUCUUGUACCAUGAGUACGACCCCGGCAACUACAAACUCUCGACGUUUGGAUUCAACUUGGUGUCCGAUUCCAAAGGUGACAUUUUCUUCGCUGUGUCGUACGCAUCGUGUGACGCCCCGCGGCUCCAUAUAAGAGACGGUCACCCGGACUUCCGUGGACCCGGCAUUGUGCGGUUGAACGCAUACACUCAGGUGCAAGGGGUGACCACGGUGAAUUGCACAACAGUCAGCAACACUAAGGAAUGGACAAUGGAGGAGAUUGACCCCAUGAGUGGGAAAACGAUUGUCGGGAGCUCGAAGAUGCUAACGGGACGCCCCGUAGGGGACCCCUACUAUCUACCCGAUCAAAACACAGCAGAGAUAAACAUCCCACCGUACUUUCUCGACGUCGGCUUGUGGAAGUUCAGAUAUACAGUCCGGAUGAUCACAGCCGGCAUGGUGAACUUUACAGCUUUCGUGGAUGAGUAUAUCGAAGUACGAUCGUCCCCGUUACAGGUCCAAAUCAUAGAGGGACAGACGACAUCCAAAGUCGUAGGCUUCAGAAAGACGUUCUUGCUGAGACCUGGAGAGCUGUCACGUGACCCAGACCUCCCUAACGCUGAUGACGAUCAGGGCUUUGACAAUAUUGAGUACUUUUGUAAGCGAGUCCACGAGCCAUGGAAAUUGAAUGACAACAGACAGAUACAAAGAAGUCCCAAUAUAUCCUUCACACCAGUUCCUGGUUCUCUGGACGAAGGUGGAUGCUUCGGAACAGGUAAUGGACUGCUUGACUACAGAGGCAAGAUUCUGGAGUUUGACACAGAACACUGCCUGCCGAAUAUGACCUUUGAACUAAUGGUUUUUGUCACUAAGGGGUCAAGGGUCAGCAAUGCCUCCAUUUGGUUCACCGUGAAAAUUGGAGAUCCACCGCAGCCUACUAUUAGCUGUAGCGGAGGAACCCUGUUCCAGCAGGCCUACUCCUCGUAUGUAGUCAACCCCACCGAUGAUUUUAGGCUCAAGGCUGGUUGCGAAGGGAACUGUUAUGAUACAAGCUAUGAAUGGCAGAUGGAGUUCUUCAAUUCCAAUAACUCUCUCUCUACGCUUACCGGCUGGCAGGACUACGCAACUGGCGAAUUGACCAAUUCUCUGUUUAUAAAUAAAGACGUCUUCAAAAUCCGGGAAGAUAUACGAAUUUACAUAUUCACUCUUCUUCUGACAAGCUACGGCCAGCAAGGCAAGGCCCACAUGAUGAUCGCAUUGAACGAGCCUCCCCGGGACGGCACGUGCACAAUCUCGCCGACGGAUACAACUGAUGUUGAGUUAGUGAGUAUCGACUGUGUCGGCUGGGAAGACUCACAGGGUAUCAGUAGCUACGAGUUCUACAUUGUUGUUCAAGGCAACACGGCCAACAAGGUUGUAGACUUUGGUGCUCAUGGUAAAACCAAAUUCCACUCUCCAGUCGGGAUGAGCGAUGAGGACUACAUGGUGGAGUUUCAAGUUCAGAUUUAUGACAGUCUCGGGGCAACAACUAUCUAUCCAAUUGGUAAAAUCAAGGUACGGCCCGAAGCAACAAAUGGUACAAAUACCUUAUCGGGUGAUUACGUGGAAAAAACAACCAACUACUUUUCUGCACUGGCAGCGGAGGGAAACUCGCGAGCCAUAAAUAAUGAGCUUCUUACUGAGUCGUCGAAGCUCAAUGAGCUACGAGCAGUGGAUGCGCAUAGACUGAAUGGUACUAAUGCCACUGCAACAGAGGAUCCCACAGAAUUCACAGAUGAAGAUCACCAGCGAGGUAGGACCCAAAGAGCUUAUAUAAGACUUCAGAUGGCUGAGUUGGUCAUUCACACAAGCAUGGACUCGCUCUUUGAUGUCCUGAAUUGCGCAUCGGCUAUCACUGUACUGACAGAGGCUUACGAUGAAUUAUCCCACGGAACCCUGGAAAAGUUGGCAACGCUUGGGGAAAUCAUGGUGAAGACCUUGAGAUUAUUGGCACCAGGAGCUGAUCAGAAAACUAUCUCAAAAGUUGCGAAAACUUGUUUUGAGGUGUUCGUUAAUCUACUCUCUGGCUCAGCCACCACAAUUGAUGAUCCCAUAUCUGUUCUGGACAAGUUGGAAGUAGAAAAUGCCACGGCAGAUUACACUGAGUUGAACCGACGCAUUGCAGAGUCAUCAAGUGUUACAGAGAGUGUCACAACAACAGAAUCUCCUGAUGUUGAAGUUUCGCCGGAAAAAAAAGAAAAGGCAAGACAGCUCGUCGCUAGAGUAGAACUUUUAGUUGAAGAAGUAUCGAAUAUCUUAAAGGAAAACAAGCUUCCUGGAGAGCCAGCGAGUACAAUUCUUACAAAACAGGGAACCACGACACUCAAAAAAGCAAAAGCUGGUGAUUUAAAGAAUUCGUCAGUGAAGGAGGGAGAUGGAGAAAUUGUGGUACCAGACUUUUGCGCAAUCACAGAAGGGGAAUGCGAAGAUGAAACCAUCAUUGAUGUCCAGAGUAGCUCAAGAAAACUCAACUCCUUCAACUACAUGUCAAGCAGUGAACGAGUCUCAAAAAGCUCAAACGUCAUGUCGCUGAAAUACUUUAAAGACGAUGGAGGUGAAAUUCCCAUUGACAAUUCAAGGCAAGAGUUUGAGCUGUAUAUCCCGCGACCGGACUCCGAAACUCCUCAGUGUACUAACUAUGAACAGAACUUCAACACAACUAGCCAAACAGGCAUGUCACUGCACACAAUUCAGGUACCAUAUGAUCAGACAACGGUGACACUGGAAGUUAUUCCAGACUUCUUCAACACCACACAGUAUGCAUUGCUGGUUAGGUACAAACACCCUCCAAAAUGGAACGAAACGGACCAUAAGUGGAUUGUUCCAUACAACAUCAGUCUGGGAACCAGUCCAGAUGCGUAUUCGAUUCAUCUGAACCAAUCGUACAUCGGUAACAACACCGGCACGUACUACCUCGGCGUGAUCGAGAUCCCCCAGGAGCCUCAGAGGGACAACCCUCUGGUCCUGUUUGAUGAUAACCUCACUCCCGAAGAGCUCAUGCACGACAUUCUGAAGUUGCGCAGGGUGGCAAACUUCAGCAGUAACUAUACACUCUGUGUUUACGUUUCGGGUUGUGUGUACUUCAACAAUGAUACGCAAGAGUGGACGACGGAUGGAGUUAGGAUUGGGCCUAAAUCAACAAAAGACAUGACCCAGUGUUUCAGCACCCAUCUGACCGACUUUGCCAGUACUUGGAUAGUUCCCCCCGCUCCGCUAGACUUUCAGUUCAUCUUUAACAACGCUGGUUUCUUGGACAACCUGACCAUAUAUAUUACCACUAUUGCUGUGUACGUUCUUUUCUUCUUCAUCUUCAUCUGGUCUCGGAGAAAAGACAAGAAGGAUUGCAUCAUGCAAGGACUGACUCCUAUGCCGGAUAACAAAUCCAAUCAUAAAUACCUGUAUGAGAUUGCUGUAAUGACCGGACAAUGGAAGGACUCUGGCACUGAUUCUAAGGUAAAUUUCAUACUCUCCGGUGAGGACGACGAAACGGAAGUGAGGGUGUUGGAGGAUGACCAACGUCCCAUCUUGCGCCGAGGCUGCGUGGAUAGAUUUGUCAUGGCUGUGCCUAGACCUCUAGGAACCCUGAACUACAUGCGAUUAUGGCAUGACAACUCCGGUAAAGGAUCCAUGCAGAGUUGGUACGUCCAGUACAUCGCGGUGCGAGAUCUACAGACCAGAGAGAGGUUCUACUUCAUAACCAAUCGAUGGUUCUCAUUGGUGGAGGACGAUGGACAGGUGGACCGACUGAUUCCAGUGGCCGGCAAGGAACAAAUGCAAGGCUUCAGUCAUCUGUUCUCCAGCCACACCCGUAAGAACCUGAGUGAUGGCCAUCUUUGGUUCUCCAUUUUCCUUCGCCCUGUCGGGAGUCGUUUCACGAGGGUACAGCGCACGGCCUGCUGCAUGAUGGCGCUGUGGUUAGAGAUGCUGGUCAACAUCAUGUUUUAUGACUUCACACCGUCAAGCGCGUCUGCCGGUGCCCUCAACCUUGGCCCGUUCAGACUCUCAACAACGCAGAUCAGCAUCGGGUUGCAGUCCAGCUUGAUCGUUUUCCCCAUCACACUCCUGGUAGUCCAGGUUUUCCGCAAAGCACGAGCUCGGACUAAGACAAAAUCCCACCGACAGAUCAUCAAAGAACAGCAAAAGGCAAAGCAGCAGAAAUACAGGGUAGAAAAAGAAGACACGAUCUCUCAGAGUCAUGUGAUCAUGGAGAGCAAAGCGACCAAUCAGGAGGACAACAUCAGCACUCGCUCGGAAGCCAACCUCCUGGACAACCAAGUGAACAGCGGCACCCACAACCUCACACUCAACACCAUGGCUUCCCAGCCGUCGCAGAAGGCGCGCAAAAAGAAGAAGUGCGCCCUUCCCUGGUGGUCGAUCAUCAUCGGUUGGAUCAUCUGUAUCUUAUCCAUUGCCACGGCGACCACAUUCGUGAUCUUUUACAGUCUCGAAAUGCAGGAUGAGAAGUGCAAGGAGUGGCUGUCUUCGCUCGUUAUAACAUUCAUCACAGGGAUUAUGUGCACACAGCCCAUAAAGAUUCUACUGGUGGCCAUCUUCAUCUCUCUGAUCAUUAAGAGUCCCAACGUGGACGAGGAGGGAGGGGAGGAGGAAGAAGAAGAGGAAGAUUGCCAUCUUGGAAAAGACGAGAUGUGGCUGCAUGAUCUCUCUUCGCCAUUGCAGCGUAACAGCAGCUACAAACCUCCGAACUGCGCCGACCUCGAACGCCUUCGUGAGCAACGGAUUAAAGAGCUGAAGAUGUACAACAUCAUCCGAGAAAUCUGCUUCUACAUCGUCUUCCUGUGGACCCUCAUGGUGGUCAGCUACAGUAAUGUUGACCCAUUGGCGUUCUUCAUGAAGGACCAAUACACCAAGGUGUUAAACAACGCUGAUGGCCUCAACUCAUUUGAUAAGGUGAGCGGAGUGAAACGCUUCUGGCAAUGGGUGGAUACCGGUAUGUUGCCGAACCUCUACGCAGGCAAGAUGUACAACGGUCAGGUGGACCCACAGCAAGAGGGCUACUUUGGGGAUCGGCAAUCCUUCAUCUUAGGCAAGGUGGUGAUGCGUCAGGUUCGAGUCAAACCAGGUCUCUGUGAUGUUCAUAAAAGUUUUGACGGUCUGAUCAACGAGUGCAACGAGGGAUACAGCGUCUGGAAUGAGGACACCCGCCAUUACGGAAAGGGAUGGACAGAGGUCAACUAUACUCUGAACCCCUGGAAAAUAGCUGAGAAUUAUCGCUACGCUGACGCAGAGGAACUUAAUGGCUACCCAUUCUUAGGUCGUCACUCGUUGUACUUGGGAGGCGGUUAUGUCAUUGUGAUUGACGGCUCAGAGGACCACAUGCGUAAUAUUUUCCGGCGGCUCUAUGAGGAGACCUGGAUAGACAAGUACACCCGAGCCGUCUUCUUGGAGUUCUCUUGCUACAACCCAGCGGUGAAUCUCUUCGGGGUGGCCGAAUUCGUCGUGGAGUUCCUGACAACGGGGGCUGCAGAGCCAAUGCAAAGGGUGGACAUCAUACGGCUACUGACCUACUCCCAGGGGUUCGGACUCGUCCGGAUCAUCUGCGAGGUCACCUUCUUCUGUUUCAUCGCUUUCUUCAUCAUCAAGGAGAUCAGAAACGCACGACGAGAGAAAAGACUCUACCUCAAAGAUUUCUGGAACUGGACGGAGUGCGGAAUAAUCGUGUUCUCCAUCGCGGCCGCUGUGGUGUACUUCUAUCGGAUGUACAUCACCAGCACAAUACUAGAGCAGUUGAAGGACGGCGGGUAUCGCUAUAUCAAGCUGCAGUACGUCGCCUACUGGAACGCCCUUCUGGGAUAUAUGCUGGGCUUCAUCUUGUUCCUGUCCACAUUGAAGUUUCUGAAGCUGUUGAGGUUCAAUCGACGGAUUGGGGUGCUCUCGAGUACCAUCCAGAAUUGCUCCUCAGAUCUCAUGUACUUCGGUAUCAUGUUCGGCAUUGUGUUCUUUGCAUUCGCCAUCGCAUUCUACCUGAUUUUCAACAAAACUAUGUAUGAUUUUUCCGACUUCAUCUUCACCUGUGAAAACCUCUCCUCAGCCAUCUUGGGCAAGUUCAAGUUUGAGGAGUUGGUGAUGGCCAAUCCGCUACUUGGACCCAUUUUCUUCUUCCUCUUCAUGGGGUCAAUGACCUAUAUUCUGAUCAACAUGUUCUUGACGAUCGUCAACGAAGCAUUCAAGGUUGUUAAUAAUGACAUCUCCAAGCAGUCCAACGAGUUUGAGAUGGUGGACUUCAUGAUGAAACGUCUUAAGCUCUGGACUGGAAUCGGGAAGGCACCGACCACGGGGAACGGCAAGAACCAAGAGGGCGACCAAGGCCCCGAGAAGGAGCAAGACAUCGUGGACGAAUUCCCGGAGAAAGUUGACCAGCUUCUCAACUCCAUCGCCAAGAUCUACUUCAAUCACAAGAGCUUUGACGACGUCAUCCGAGGGAUGGGACACGACAAGAAGAAGAAGAAGAAGGGGAAGAAGACCAUCUCGGUGUAAAGAAGAUCUCAUGAUUGUUGGGGAGUUUCUAUUGCCUUUGAACUUCAAAUAAUCCUACUAAUUAAGUCUUGGGGGAAAGCAAUCAUAUUUACCUGAACACCAACCAUGCAUUCUGGCAAAUUUCAGGCCAGAUGCUUCACAGAGGCAAUGAAAGCGAUUGCCUCCGUUGCCCCUGGUUACUGCUUU